AUGCCCCCAUUAAUUUUGGAACUUCCUUGGGUUGAGAAAUACCGUCCUAAAGUGUUGAAAGACGUGGUGGGUAAUCCCGAUACCAUCUCCCGUCUUAAAGUCAUUGCCAAAGAUGGGAAUAUGCCCCAUGUGAUCAUUCUGGGUCUUCCAGGGAUUGGGAAAACCACCUCCAUUCACUGUCUUGCCCACGAGCUUCUUGGGACCAGUUAUUCCGAAGCAGUAUUGGAGCUUAAUGCCAGUGACGAUCGAGGGAUCGAUGUGGUGCGUAAUAAGAUCAAACAAUUUGCCCAAAAGAAAGUACAAUUGCCACCAGGACGCCACAAGAUUAUUAUUCUCGAUGAAGCUGACUCCAUGACCCCGGGGGCCCAGCAAGCGUUGAGACGGACCAUGGAAAUAUAUUCCAACACCACCAGAUUUGCGUUCGCGUGUAACCAGAGCAGUAAGAUCAUCGAACCGAUCCAGUCUCGGUGUGCGAUAUUGCGGUACCUGAGGCUUGCCGAUGCCGAGAUAUUACAUCGAUUAUUGGAAGUCACGGCGAUGGAGAAAGUCGAAUACUCGAACGAUGGAUUACAAGCGUUGAUAUUCACCGCCGAAGGGGACAUGCGACAGGCGAUCAAUAAUUUGCAAAGUACGGUAUCGGGGUUUGGAUUCGUGAACGAGCAGAAUGUUUUCAAAGUGGUUGAUCAGCCACAUCCAUUGGUUAUUAGAUCAAUGCUUGUGGCGGCCAACAAUGGAUCAAUUGAAGAAAGUAUCGCCCAGUUAGAUAAAUUGUGGAAGAAAGGGUACUCGCCAAUUGAUAUUGUCACCACUAGUUUUAGAGUCAUCAAAGGGUUAGUGGAAAUUAAUGAAGAGAAAAGAUUGGAGAUGAUGAAAGAAAUCGGGAUCACUCACAUGAGAGUUUUAGAAGGGGUUUCUUCGUACUUGCAAAUCGCUGGGUUGUUGGCAAGAAUCAGUGAUUUGAGUUGA